GUCACUUCCGCAGCAGGUCUGCCUGUCCCCCUCCCGGGCCUUGGGCGCUUCCCAGGCCACUUUUCGGACGGAGAGGGGUACUGGAAGGCCCGGACCCUCCUCCGCGCCUUCCAAGGAGCCGAGAUCGCCGCCGUGACUGGACGUCCGCCAAGGUUCGGACGGACCUUAAGCUCUCCACGGCCCUAGAGAGGGCGUUCCGGCCCCGGCAGCCUAUACACCCGGGAGACUGAGGCUAGGAGCGCGACCCGCAGCCCAAGUCACACCUCGCCCAAGGCAAGGCAAGGUGUGCGCUAGGCUGAGCCCGUGACACCCCCCUCAGUCACCCGCCUUUAUGGCGGCGGUGGCAGGGCUGGGCAACCCGGCGCAGGACUCUGUGACCUUUGAGGAUGUGACCAUCUACUUUUCCCAGGAGGAGUGGGGACUUCUUGAUGAGGCUCAGAGGCUCCUGUACUGUGACGUGAUGCUGGAGAACUUUGCACUUAUAGCCUCUCUGGGACUUACAUCUUUCAGGUCCCACAUAGUUGCCCAGCUGGAGAUGGGGGCAGAGCCCUGGGUGCCUGACAGAGUGGACAUGUCUUCAGCCAUGGCAAGAGGGGCAUAUAAUGGACCUGGCUCUGAUGUUCACCAUGGAACAGAGGGUGAGGAGUCACCUUGUGAGCAUAGCGUUUCUGUAGGAAUGUCACAGGACAGGAAUCCCAAGGCAGCUCUAUCCAUCCAGAAGGACUACCUCUCUGACAUGUGUGGCUUACACUUGAAAGACAUUUUGCACCUGGCUGAAUACCAGGCAACACAUCCCAGGCAGAAACCAUGUGUGUGUGAGGCAAAUGGGAGAAAGUUAGAGUUCAUUGCAAACCUUCACCAGCAAAAGAUGCAGUGGGACAUAGACAAGUCUAUCAGAAGGCAGGAGGGUAGGGCCUUGCUUGUGAAGAGCUGCAGAGAUGACACAUCUGAGAAACCUUUCAUAUUCAGGGAGGGUAGGAAGGACUUUGUAACCACAUCUGGCUUUCUCCAGCAUCAGGUCACUCACAGUGUGGAGGAGCCACACCAGGGCACCAAAUGUGUGGAGGAUUUUCACACGGUCCAAAGCCAUAACAGGUGCAGUGAAUUUGGGAAUGCUUUCAGUGACAAACCCGCACUUGCUCAGCACCAGAGAACCCAUACUGCAGAAAGACCUUAUGAGUGCAGCAAAUGUGGGAUAUUCUUUAGUCACACCACUGGCCUCUUUCAGCACCAGAGAGAUCACAACAGAGGAAAGCCUUAUGAGUGCUGUGAAUGUGGGAAAUUCUUUAGCCAAUACUCCAGUCUCAUUAAACAUCAGAGAGUUCACACUGGUGAAAGCCCUCAUGUAUGCAGUGAAUGUGGGAAAUUCUUUAGCAGAAGCUCCAAUCUCAUUCAACACAAGAGAGUUCACACUGGAGAAAAGCCUUAUGAGUGCAAUGAAUGUGGGAAAUUCUUUAGCCAACGCUCCAACCUAAUUCAUCAUAAGAGGGUUCAUACUGGUAAAAGUGCUCAUGAAUGUAGGGAAUGUGGGAAAUCUUUCAACUGCAACUCCAGCCUAAUUAAACAUUGGAGGGUUCACACUGGAGAAAGACCAUAUAAAUGCAAUGAAUGUGGGAAAUUCUUUAGCCACAUUGCCAAUCUCAUUCAACAUCAAAUAGUCCACACUGGUGAACGGCCUUAUGGGUGCAGUGAGUGUGGGAAAGCCUUCAGUCGAAGCUCUGACCUCAUGAAACAUCAGAGGGUCCACACUGGUGAGCGGCCUUACCAGUGCCCUGAAUGUGGGAAAUCAUUUAGCCAAAGCUCCAGCCUUAAUAGCCAUCGGAGACUUCAUACUGGUGAACGGCCUUAUCAGUGCCCAGAAUGUGGGAAAUUCUUUAACCAAAGCUCUAGCCUCGGUAACCAUCGGAGACUUCACACCGGCGAGCGGCCUUAUGAAUGCCUUGAAUGCGGGAAAACCUUCAGACAAAGAUCUAAUCUGAGGCAGCACCAGAAAGUUCACAAACCAGAUAGGCCAUAUAAGUGCAGUGAAUGUGAAAAAGCCUUUAGCCAAAGGCGUACCCUCAUUAGGCAUCAGAAAAUUCACACUAGAGAAAGGAGUACAGAGAAGGUGCUUUCUCCUUCAGCACAAUGCACACUAGAGGAAAGCUCAGAUAGUCUCUAUGAGGGAGCCGUCAGUCCAAAGCUGGACCUUGUUCACUCAAAUAUUCACUCUAGGGAGAUUCCCUAUGAAUGCUAGAUAUGUUGGAAGCUUUAUGGAGCUAUAUGUUCUGACCAUAGACUUUGCCAGUGUUUUUGGCAGAAGCCAUCUGAAUCCUACCCACUGGCAGGUCUUCAGAGUGUGUGACAACCACUCCCUGUACUCGGGGAAUGCAGACUUCUCUUUCUAAGAGAAUUGUGAGUAAGCCUAUGGUCAUAAGAGUACCUCAGUCUUUCCCAUUGUGACUUGUGUAGUUGUGCCCCUGACCCAUUUUUGGCCAUGAAGACCUGAGCUGGGUUCUACUGACAGCUUGCUGAGAAAGUUUAAUUUCUUCAAAGACAUUGUUGAUCUCAUGAUGCUCAUGAGUUUAUCUAGCCUCCACAUUGCCCAUCCCAACAACUACUUUACGUUUCUCUGGUUUCAGUGAUAAUAAGGGUCUUGUUGACAAAGCCACCUUCAGUCUUCUGUGCUCUGAUGUUCUGAUUACUGUAUGGAAUGGGUUGAGAACAGCCCAUGGGUUAAGGUCUACCAAAUUAAAGGAGUCCCCAAAUUUAUUGUCUCAGAUGGAACAGCAGGAUGGCAAGAACAGCCCUCAGUCCAGAUAUGGUAUUUUAUUGGUUCAAGACCUAGGGAAAAUUGUAGGGCUUUGGGGGGCCUAACGUGGUCUGAAUGACAUGAACUUUUGUGAACCAGAGAUCACCUCGAGGAAGGGGCAUUUGUGACAAACUCCAGUGCAUCUGAGAAUAGCAUAAAUUAGGCCUCAUUGUUUCCAGGAGAUGCCUCAUAUUCCCAAACACUGUUGAACAGACACUAUUUACUUGGCACCUGCCAAGGAGCCAUAUACCUUGAACUCUAACAUACGGUAUUUGAUUAUAAGUCUUUGUAAGACUUACUGGGUCCACUAGGACCACAAUUUGUACAGGAACACUGGAGAUUAUAACAGAGUAAGUGAGACUGUAGCAAACUAAAAGGAAUGUAUUUUUUAAAAGAUUUUAUUUUUAGAAAUGGGAAGGGAGGGAGGACAACAUCAAUGUGUCAUUGCCCCUCAUGCACCCACUACUGGAGACAUGGCCCACAACCCAGAUAUGUGUCCUGACUGGGAGUUGAACCCUUUGGUUUGUAGGCUGGCACUCAAUCCACUGAGCCACACCAGCCAGGGCUGGAAUGUACCUGCUUUAAAAGAGCAUCUACAAAUAUUCUCUUGAAUCUGACUGUGCAGGAUUCAGGCUUUGCAGAAAUUUUCAAGAUCACCAGACCUCUGUCAUAUGACUAAGGUUACUGGCAGAGCAAAUAAUCUAAAAAGUUUUGUAGAUUACUGCAGGCUCACUGUGUUAUCUCAAAGCCAUUGUUGCACUGGCAGAAAAAUAGGACCUGAGAGGAGGUAGAUUCUGUACUCCAGGGAUGUAACAUUUGUGACAUAGCCAGCCACUUUUGCUGCCAAGGCAAUGAAGUAGAGUUAAUGUGGGGUUACCAAAUCUUCCAGUUUGCUAAAGUGAAUGGAGAUUGGAUUCUUAUGUGCAACAGUUCCUUUUAAUGCUUUGUUGAGAUAAAGUUGUCAGGCAAUAAGUGACUAUAUAUUUAGUAUGUACAAUUUCAUAAGUUUUUAAGUGUGUAUAUACUCAGGGAACCAACACUAUAGUCAUGAUAAUAAACCUAUCGGUUACCCACAAAGCUACUUUGUGCCCCUUUAUUAUUUCUCUUUGUCUUUCCCAGGAAACCAUUAGCUGCAUCCCAAGGAAUCUAUUAAUUUACCCUUUUUUUCCCACGUAGAUUUGUUUGUGUUCUAUUGAUUUUAUACAAUUGGGAUUAUAAAGUACUUAUACUCUAUUUUUGGUCUAUAUUCUUUCAUACAAAAUAAUUAUCUUACCAUGCUGUGUGUAUGAA